UGAUAGUGGAAGCUGGUACUUGUCGUCAAUUGACUACCGGCCACCUUCAACAACGACUCCUACCCAACUAUCUCAGUCCUCGCUCAUCAUCAACAACCGCCCACGUCUAGAAAUUGCAAAGUCCACCCCCUUCCGCCCCCCCGCCAUGAUCAACCCCAACAGAUUGAGGAACCCUUUUCGAGGGAUUCCCCCCGUUCCACCCGCCGAUUCUCCCGCCGAACCAGACUCGCCGCCAAUCCCCAACGGCUACGAUGCCACCCCAAGAGACGUCCUUGAGGUGAAGAAGAUUAUGUGCCAGGAGAAACACUUGCCGCCCGAGAUCGUAGACAUCAUUCUCGACCACGCCGAGUAUUGGGCCAGUUCAGUCAACGUCGUUGAUUACACCGACAACUUGAGAGUGGUCCGUGGUGGGAGACCUGAGUCUGAGAAUCAAUUAUUGCUUCGCACUGCACCACUGGGGCUCAACAAGUGGCCGCCCCCUACCCAGGAACUACGGGCGGGAGCUGCUCUUAAUCAACCGGAGGAUGAGUUAUCGCAAUCUCGGCUCCUAGAAUUUGUAGACGGUCCCGUGUCUACGCUAGAGCAUCCGUUCCGAAAAGUCGUUUUUCGUAUCAUCAGCCAUGACCAAGGUUUCGGUGGCGAUCAAUCGUGUCAUGGCACCUAUCGGCAGUCUUACACCUGGUUUGACGCUGGGUUGGAGCGCCUUGUCCCAUCGAGUCCCGAGACUGAAGGUCGGAAUGACGCCAACUCCACGUCGGAAUGGGCUAUACGUUCUGCCUGGCCUCCUGUAGUUCAGGGUGGAGGGCCGGAAUCCGAGGCGCGGUACGAGCAUGAGCUUCUUCCUACCCCAGACCAUCUGAUUCAACGAAAUUUGCUAGCCGAGUCUCGCUGGCAACAUCACGACGUCGAGUGGUCUUGGAGGGACCAGAUUAACCCGGAUUCAUCGGAAGCAGCGGACGUAUUGGAAGGCAACGGACGAGGAACAGCCACAGGCAAUGGCGAGUUCGUUAGGAACUUGAGAUACGGAGACAUGAUCACGAUAUGGGCGCGGGCGAGGUUCCUAGCUUGGGCAAAUAGCGUUAAACGGAUCGAGGUUCGGGUCUACUGGGCCUUUUGAACUCGGCGGGCAUUGAAAGCCGCCAAGUCGCCAGCGCAUAGGGAAUCCGAGUGUCGAUAUGAGCCUAAGACGUAGAGAGGGUAUCUCCGAGUGCUUUGGCGCUGACACACAAAUGGGAUGGCGGGGUCAAAGAGUAAGGAAGGCAGGUCGGAAAAGGUGCCGCCGCGAGAGAUUUAACUAGCUCCAGAAUAAUUACGCAUCAUCAUGAA